AUGGGGCCUCUUGCUACAAACAUCUGGAAAUCACUGUUUACAGUUCAUGAAUUGACAGAAAUCAUGAGACAAAAAGAUGACAAAGACUUUGCAGAGCUCCUCAACAGAAUGCGCACUAUGGAGAGUGAUAAGUUUGUGGAGUCCAGGCCAGGUUACGUGUCAGCGAUGCUGAAUUAUCUUACGGGGACAGAGGCGGAGAACAUUUGCCCAGCGCCAGCCGAUGUAUUAUGGGGAAUUGGAACCGAGGUAUUCUGUAACCUCCUGUGCGCCCCUAUGACCAUGCUAUUUGCUAAUGCGUCGUCGAUUGGAAACAGCGCCAAAAGGAAAUGGAAAUCCAUGGUUUCCAUGUUCCAGGAUUGGAGAGCCCGUCCUUCCACCUGCCGCAGCUGUGGAACUGUUCCAUGCCAGGUAGAAAGGAAGACACUCUGGAAGCCUUCCAGAUCUCUGCAAAAGGACCCAAAAACACUUCUCAGAGAGAUCGAAGGCAAUGCUGUAAAUCGGUCCCAUAUUUCACCAUGUUCAAAGGACGGUUCAAUUGCAACCAUCUACGACUUUGUUUACAAUCUUCUGAAACAUUCUGGGGUAGAAAUCCCCGAGAAUGCGACCGCUCCCAACUGUACAAGCACGGAUGAUUGGCUACCAAACGGAGAAAGCGUAGAGGCUCAUAUGGUCAACAAAGUUGGCCGUAUGUUCUACUCUUAUGUCACUCCAGUAAUACUUUUCAUAGGAAUUCUUGGAAACUGUCUUUCACUCAACGUCUUUCUAUCGAAAAACAUGCGUGGUUUAUCGGCAAGUACCUAUCUCGCCGCAAUAUCAAGCUCUGACCUUCUCACUCUGAUAUUCUACGUAAAUGUGGAAUGGUUGAGAAGGGGGUUAGUGUAUUUAAACGCUGAUGCGCAAGUGGAAUUUUUGGAUAUGACUGGUGUGUGUCAGUUUCAGCUAUAUAUGUCUUACGUUUCACGAUUUCUAUCUGCCUGGUUGGUCGUGGCAUUCACAGUGGAGAGGUAUAUUGGAGUGUGUCAUCCGCUACGGCGGCGGGAUAUAUGUACACCAAGUAGUACCCGGCGGAUCAUUAUAACGACGUCGUUUGUGGCCGUUCUCUUGGUCAUUUAUAAACCUGUGUUAAGUGGUGUACAUAAAGGUUCCGGUGAAGGACAUCCUUACUGCACAAGCGACCCUGAUCACGACUUUCUGUCAUUUGUAUUGGAUAGCAUUUUCGCUGUGUUGAUAACACUGGUACCUUUUCUCAUCAUAACAGUGUUAAAUGUCCUCAUUAUAAGAAAACUAUUUAUAAGGAACAAGCGACAAAAGGAAUGCAAGGUUGUGACCGAAGAAAGUGUUAUCAAACUGGAAUUCACCGUUAUACUUUUGGCAAUUUCGUUCUGUUUCGUCGUCUUUAAUGUUCCUUAUUUCGCUGUGUGGUGUCGGAACUUCCUUCAUUCAAAGUACGUUUACAAAUCUGUCGAACAGGACAUGAGUGGCGACAUCGAAUAUUGGCAAGGCAUAUUGUACCUUACACGAACUAUUUUCUAUAUGAACUAUUGUAUUAACUUUUUCCUUUACAGUAUCACUGGCGCUUACUUCCGGCGUGAAGUGCGCAUGCUGUUUGUUUAUCGACCAUCGGAGCUGCGUGGUUCAUACAGUAGGUGCUCUCGUAUUAACUCCAACUCACACACGCCCCAGUCGUGGGUUUGACGUAUAUGGGUAGGCAUGAAAUGUCGUGCCAGCCGGGCUUUUAAAAAUAAUGGAAUUCAGUUAUAGCUGUA